UUUAUGUAAUUUAUAUGGCUGAAUUUUAUAUUAGAUUUACAGAGAUUGUUUUCACAUGCGAAUUGUGCAUAUGCCUCUGAAUUAUGGUAAAUUAUAUGUGACUUGAGAAGAGCUUUUGAAGCCCCUUCCGAGGCUCUGCUUUCGUCUAUGGCCUGUGCCUCAAAUGGGUAUUAUUUAUUUUUUGUGUUCGAAAAAUCAGAAGAGCGCCCGCCUAGGCGGCCUGGGCAGUUAUGGGCGGGUCGGGUCCUUUUUUUUCCCUGACUCUACUGAAAACCUACCUCACGCUGCCUCUCUCUCUCUCUCUCUCUCUCUCUCUCUCUGUGGCACGACAGAGCACCACCACCAGGCCUCGACCCGCGACCCCCGACCCGCUCGGCCACCCGCGACCUGCAACCUCCUCGCCUAUGUUUUAGAGGCCUAGCCUUUCAUUUCAAUGGUGCUUUGAUGUUGACAGUUGGACACUUAACAGGAAAAUAACAAGGAGAAUUGGAAUUGAGUGAAGGAUGCUUAGCCCAUCAACCCCAAAAGCCACUUGGACGCCGGGGCACCGCAAAAUAUUUUUUGAUCUUUGCCUGGAAGAGAUGUCAAAAGGGAAUAAGCCAGGGACGCAUUUCACUAAGGAGGGUUGGAGGAAUCUUAUUGAAUCAUUCUAUGAAAAGACAGGUAUAAGGUAUAGUAAGAGACAAAUGAAGAAUCAUUGGGAUUUCACCAAGAAGCAGUGGAAAGUCUGGGUUAAGCUAAUUGCUGAAGUUACUAUGAAAUGGGAUCCAAGUACCAAUGGAUUUGGUGCUAGUGCAGAAGAUUGGGCUAACUACAUACAGGUAAACCCAGAAGCUGCACAGUUUCAGUAUAAAGAACUCCCAUGCCCUGACAUACUGGAAAUCGUUUUUGCUGGAACUAUGGAUUCUGAAGAUAUGGAACCUUCUAAUUCUCGGAGGCAAAGUAAUAGCUCAGACACCUCCCUUCUGCACUCUGAAGAACAAGAGUUAGUGACUGUGGAGGGGGGAGAUGAGCAUCUUUCGAAUGCCAUUCCCUUAAGGAGUUAUGAAAUGGGUCAGUCUAAACACCGUAGAACAACUGCAAGUGAGCAGAGUAUAUCUAGCUCAUCCCAGCCAAAGACAAAGGCCAUUUGGAUGCCUGCAACCCAUGAAGUAUUUCUUGAUCUAUGUCUAGAAGAGGCAUUAAAGGGGAAUAAACCUGGGACACAUUUUACCAAGGACGGUUGGAGGACUAUUCUUGAAUCCUUUCAACAAAAAACUGGCCUUAUGUAUAAUAGGUUACAGUUGAAGAACCACUGGGAUAUCACCAAGGAACAAUGGAAAGUCUGGUGUAAGCUAAUUGGCACAAUUAGUAUGGGUUGGAAUCCAAACAGCAGGAGAUUUUCAGCAAAUGAUGAAGAUUGGGCCAACUACUUAGAGACAGACCCAGAAGCUGCACCAUUCCGCUUUAAGGAACCUCAAUCCACCGACAAGUUGGAAACCAUAUUUGAUGGAACAACAGUUACAGGAGAGACAGAGCCCCCUGCUAGGCGUAGGAAGUAUAAUCAUGAUCUGAGUGCAUCUCUUUUGCAUAUAGAAGAAGCAGGCACAGUGAACCGAGAGAGGGACGUUGAGCAUCUUGAUGCUGUAACAGUUUCUUUUAUGCCUGGCAAGCAAACUUAUAGUAUUGGGGAGUGCAUUGCCUGUCUUGAUGCCAUGGAGGACGUAGAACAAGGAAGUGAGCUCUAUUUGUUUGCAUUAGAUGUAUUUCUGAAAAAGGAAUACAGGGAAAUAUUUCUUCAACUGAAAAAGCCGAGCGUAAGGAUUGCAUGGUUGCAGCGGCUGCAAUCUGUUGGUCCUCCUUCGUUCUAGGGUGCUUGUAGCUCUUGGAUUUCUCUUGUAAUUUUAGACAGCUAUUAUGUAGGUAGCAAGUAGAGUUGCUUUUCAAUGGAAGCCAAAGGCAAAGUGAUUGUGGAUUUUAUCA